AUGGAAAUAACAUUAACUCAUGUCGUGUCUUCCAGGGGGACGGAGGAGCAGGACGGGGAGGCAGCCCUCGGCGAACAAGAAAUCAAGAGAAGAGAGAGCGUGUACCAGGCGUGGAACAAUCUCACAAACAACUUGGCUGAUCUGAGUAAGACUGAAAGCGGCGAGCAGAUCAAGGAACUCCUCCAAGAUCUCGAGUGGUCGUCAGCACCUCCUGACGUCGCCAGCCGCGUCAGCACCGUGAUCUCCACAUUGCUGAAGGAGAUACAGCAACUCCAGGCCCAUCACCAGAGCCUGGAGGUCAUGUACAAGAAAGAGCGCGAGCACCACGCCGACGCCCUCAGAUCCCUGGAGGACGAGCUCGAGGACCAGGUGGCGCGGGUCGAGGAGAAGGCGCGGCUGCAGGCGAAGCAGGAGUCGGAGGAGGAGAAGCGCCUCCUGCAGGAUCAGAUGGACCAAGAGGUGGCAACACUGCAGACACAUCUCAAGAUCUUCCAGAAGGUAGAGUCCUGGCUGAACAAAGACAGCGAGGGGGAGGACAAAGUGGUCGAAGUCAAGAAGAAGCUCGAGGAAGCCUACCAAGCCAACCGAAGCCUCAACAUGAACCUCAAUGAAACGACAACAAACCUCGGCCUCCUGCGCUCCGACCUGGCGCAGAUGAGGCUCCAGUACGAGGAGAAGUGUCGGGAGCUGCACAGCGAACGAGAGCAAGUAUUGGAAUAUAUGCACCAGUACGAUCAUAUGAAGAGACAGCUCGAGUUACUCCACGAAGCCAACAAGAGGCUCCAGGACACCAACGACAGCAUGAGGGACGCGAUGGAGUUCGAGUGGCGUCGGUCUCCUCUGGGCUCGAGGUGUUCCAGCAACAGGAGUUCCUUGAGGCAGCCGAAGGAGAGGAGGCGGAGCAAGAGUCGAUCCCGCUCCCCUCACCCACCUGUUCUCCCUGGUGAAAAUGAGGGGGGACUAAAGUUUGGCAUCAGACGCCUCAUGGACGAUCUCGACUCGGGCCUCUCCACCCUCCCAGACACGACGGAGGAAGGAUGCACCACGCAGGACGAGCUCAAGUUCUCGGAGAAUGAAGGGCCGCUGUCGCUGGAGGACGAGCUCAUCGACCUGGAGUGUUCCUCGAGCCCGUCGCCCGUGAAAUCCAACGAGGACGGCCGGAGCACGCCCAUUAUCAACGGCCAGCCGCCCAUCCCGCCCGCGUUCGUGGGAAGUUCCACAGCGCCGCCCAAACCCCUGAGAGUGGCGUAUCUCUCGGCUUCGGAGAGGAAUGGCAAAAGCUUCACGCCCCCCGGCCACGACUCCCUCUACGGCAGCCACGAGCCCUUGGGACCACCGGAAAGGACUUACAAGGUGGUGUUCGCCGGGGACGCUGCAGUAGGAAAAUCGACCUUCAUUGUGCGUCUGUGCACCGGCAAUUUCAUCAAUAACAUCGCUUCUACGCUCGGUGUUGAUUACAAAGUGAAGACACUCAACGUUGAUGAGAAAAAUAUUGCAAUGCAACUUUGGGAUACUGCUGGCCAAGAGCGCUUCCGGUCUAUCACCAAAACCUACUUCCGGCGCGCUGAUGGGGUCCUCCUGCUCUAUGACGUCACCAGCGAACGGUCUUUCCUCAACGUCCGCCAGUGGAUUCAGAGCAUUGACGAAGCCUGCCUAACGCGCGUGCCCUUGGUGCUCUGCGGGAACAAGGCCGACCUGAGGGACACGGCAGCUUCGCAAGGGAGGUGCAUCGUCAGCGCUAGCAACGGCGAGAGGCUGGCGAGGGACUACGGAGCAGCGUUUAUCGAGACGUCUUGCAAGAGCGGCACCGGUGUUAUGGAUGCGCUGGUGAUGCUAGCAAGGCAAAUGGUAACGAACGAGGACGUGGAGGUUCAGACGUCGGCGCUUAAGGUCACCGCCAACGACUCGAAGAGAAGUUGCUGUGGGAGCAAGAAAGCCGAAUAGGAUCUUUCAUUCGAGUUUUGAUUUAAAAAAGAAAAAAAAAUCUAUGCUAAUGAUGAGCGUUGGUAUAUCUUUGAUUUCCUUUUUUUUUUUUUUUGUGUCAACUUUUUUUUUUUUUUUUUUACUUUUCGUUUUGGUUCUUUUCCUUCUAACUGGAACCAUCGUUUUGUAUUUAUUUUCUCUGUUUGGUUUAUAUACAAUGACGUCAUGGGUAUGGAUGUGACGUCACAACUCUCCCUUGACGUCAUAAGAAUAUCGUAAUGACAUCACGACUCUCCCAUGACGUCAUCCCAUACAAAAAUGUGGUAAUGACGUCACGACUAGCAAUAUUGUCACCAGAUUUAGUUUUCCGUUUAGUUCUUCAAAUGUAGAUAUGCGUAUGCAGUAGCAAUUUCUACUAGAAUUAUUGAAAUGCUUGAAAUUAUAGUUAGGUAUCUAUUAAUAAUCUUAUGAGAAUAUAUAAUGCACGUGUAAAUGGAUGAGCACGUUAGACAAAGCUUUCUCUCAUUCUCUCUCUCUGUAUCUAAAUAUUUCUAUAUCUACCUAUCAGCCUAUCUACCUAUUAUCUAUCCGUCUAUAUACAAUUAUGUUUAUAUAUCACCCGUUUCAUUUCUGAGUCUCUCUCUCUUUUCCUCUUUCUCCUUCCCUUUUUCUUUUCUCUUAUUUUCCCUUCACCUCUCCGUCUUUCUCUCUUCCUCUAUCCAGCAAACACAUACAAUAUUAUCAAAGUGUUAUUACAAACUUUAACAUGAACUUCAUUUUCCUGUUAAGUUUCACCAUCUGUAUGUCUCCCCCCCCCCCCCUCUUUUUUUAUAUAUAUUUCCUGAAUAAAUAUCUUUUCUCCGUUUUGUAUAUCUGAGGGUAAAUAUUCCUUUAAAUUCUUAUUCUAAAAUCACACGGUACAUUCUGUUUCAUUUGAGGUUCGAAGUUCCUUUUUUUGUUUUAGUGUGUAAAUAUUUUUGAAAGACGUUUUUUUUUUUUUUUUUCGAUUAGAAUGAUAGGGAACGCGAUGCGUAUGAAGAUAAAGAGUAGGGGAGAAGGAGAAGAAAAAUAAAAAGAAAACUAGAAGGAGAGAAAAGGAAGAAGGAAAAAAAUAAUAGAGGAAGAAGGAAAGAAUGAAAAGAAAAAGAAAAGGAAGAAGCUCGACGAAGAAGAAAAAGGAGAGAAGAGAGAGAAGAAUAACCGGCUCGUUGUUACCAUCUCGUGUCGUUCUCGAUUCCUAUUGGCUAAAACCAGAAACAUGACACCUACAUGUUACACGAAUCUAGCCAAUCAGGUUUCUAAGCCACUAACUACACGUUCCCUCGGCUAGACGGUCAUUAGCUCCUUUUUUUUUCCACAGAUCACGGUAAUUACUGGCAAAAGACCCUUUCUCCCAGUCGAAUCACCAUUUGAGUAUUCCUCCGAAGAAGUUUCCAUUAUAUCGAUUCAUAAAACUCAUAUUAGUAAAUUCAGAUACUUACAACCACAUUUAUGAGUUUGCAUUUUGUAUGUUAGCAGAAAAUAUGUUUUGGGGGACCAUUGAUAUAAUAAAUUCUCUGAAUGUAUA